UAUAAAUACUUUACAAUCCAGCUAAAAUGAAAUUAUACGAAUAAUGAAGUAUUUCAAAGAAUUAACAUUUUUGCUUGUCAUAUUUAUGGCCCAAGCCAUGGCUCAAUGGCAACGUUGCGUGGGAUCGCCUUGGUUGGCUACUUGUUCUCCCCAUGGCAGUUGGGGUAGAGGUGGUCGUGGCUGUCGUUCUCGUGUUUUGUGGUGGUAUGAUCGUCAUCUAAGAUCCUGUCGUCAAAUGUGGUAUUUAGGCUGUGGUGGCAAUUCAAAUCGUUGGUGCUCCCAACAAGAAUGUUUGCAGAGAUGUCGUCGAUAAAUUAAAUUUGAAAUGUUUUGAAGGGCUUUAAGUAAAUAAAAUUUUGAUUUUUGAACUAGAA